UCAGACGCUGCACGACUAAGGAAGCACAAUGGUUGCGGGAAUGGUAAUGCCCCUGGACAACCUGAAGGCCAUCUAUGAGCAUCUGUUUCGGGAUGGCAUCAUGGUGGCCAAGAAAGACAAGCGGCCUCAGACCAAGCACCCUGAGAUUCCUAGUGUGGAUAACCUGCAGGUGAUAAGAGCCAUGGGCUCGCUGAAGUCCAGGGGGUAUGUGAGGGAGACCUUUGCAUGGAGGCAUUACUACUGGUACCUUACUAACGAAGGGAUUGUCUACCUGCGUGAUUACCUGCAUUUGCCUCCAGAGAUAGUUCCCACGCCUCUGCAGAGAGUACGACGGCCAGCUGCCACUCUGGCCAUCACUCGCAGGGCAGAACACGUUCAAGCUGUUCAGGGUCCAACUUCUUAUGUUCCCAACCCCGGCAAGAUGGGUGCAGAAAAGCAGGAGGCUUUGCUUGAUCGACAGGAGUACCGUCGCAAAAUGGCGAGCAUGGAUGAGGCUGAAAUGAUUGAAUCCAGGGAGAGAACACCAAGAUUUAGAGGUCGUCCAAUGGCUAGCACUCAGAUCAAACCCAAAGGAUCAUGGGAAUUCAACGAGCAGCCCAUGCUUUCUGAUACUCGCGAUUACACCAAAGAGAUGGAACCAAGUGUGAGGAGGAAGGUCGCUGUGCAUUCGGUCUGCCAUUUGCCUCCAAUUGAAACUUACCAUGCCAAGCCAGUUGAACAGGAAAAGAUGGUGGAACGCAAAGAAUGCACUAAGACGGCAUUCGUUCAGAAAACACAAAUGGUUAAUGUGAGCCCAGAUGUGGCUACCAUUUCUUCAAAAGUGGGUGGAACAGCAGCGGAAUCAACAUUCACAGCAACUGGCGAGAGCAAAAUGGCUAAGGAUGCUCGUCAUCCUCCUCCCUCAAAACCGAAGUUGGAGAAAAAACAAAAAGCUCUUGUGACGAAAAAUGUGCAGGAUGUGCCAGCUGUUUCAUCAGUGGAGAGAACAAUUGCAGUGGAAUCCUCUCUAUAUUCUGUUCAUACUAAAGCAGUCAAAGAAAAGCCCAAGGAAGAGGUAUUCAAGGUCGUCCAGCAAACUACAUCCACUGUAACAGCUAAAGAUGCUCCUCGACCUACUCCUUCAAAACCAAAGGUGGAGGAAACACAGAAAACUACUGUGGCCAAAAAUGUGCAGGGUGUCUCAUCAACAGCAGGUGCAACAUCAGGCGAAUCCUCUGUGUCAUCUGUUCCUGCUGAAGCAGCAAAAGAAAAGCCCAGAGAAGAGGUGUUUAUUAAGGUCUCUAAGAAAACCACAUGCACAGUAGCAGAUAAUAGCAAAAUGGCUGAAGAUGCUCUUCAUCCUACUCCAGCAGAACUGAAGGUGGAGAAAACACCGCAAUCCUUGAUGUCAAAAGAUGUGUCAGCUGUUUCAUCAGCAGGGGAAUCCUCUGUCUCUACUGAAAAAGUCAAAGAAAAGCCCAAGGAAGAAGUGCGUGUCAGUGUCUCCCAGGAAACCACACCAAAAAGUGAUAGCAAAAUUGAUAAGGAUGCUACUCGUCCUACACAGUCAAAAUCAAAGGUGGAGAAAACACAGCAAGCCCCUGCGACUGAAAAUGUACAGGAUGUGCCAAUUGUUUCAUCAGCAGUAGAGACAACUGCAGUGAAAUCCUCUGUCUCUACUGAAGCAGUCAAAGAAAAGACCAAGGAAGAAGUGUAUAUCAAGGUCUCUCAAACCACAUCCACAGGUGAUAGCAAAAGAGAUAAGGAUGCUCUUCAUCUCACUGCAUCAAAAACAAAAGUGGAGAAAACCACAAAGACCAAAAAUGUGCAGGAUAUAUCAAACGUUUCGUCAACAGCAGUGGAAUCCUCUGUAUUUCCUGUCUCUGCUGAAGCAGUCAAAGAAAAGCCCACAGAAGAGGUGUUUAUGAAAGUCUCCCAGGAAACCACAUUCGCAGUAACUGGCGAUAGCAAAAUGGUUAAGGAUGCUCCUCAUCCUACUCUAUCAAAACCGAAGGUGGAGAAAACACAGAAAACUAGAAAUGUGCAGGAUGUGCCAGCUGUUUCAUCAGUAGUAGAGACAACUGCAGUGAAAUCCUCCACCUCUACUGAAACAGACAAAGAAAAGCCCAAGGAACAAAUGUGUGUCAGUGUCUCUCAAGAAAUAACAUCCAAAGAUGAUAGCAAAGAGGAUAAGAAUGCUCCUCACCCUACUCCAUCAAAACCAAAAGUGGAAAAAAUGCAGAAAACCACAAAGAACAAAAAUGUGCAGGAUAUACAAACCGUUUUGUCAAGAGUAGAGGCAACAGCAAUGGAAUCCUCUGUAUUGUCUGUCUCUACUGAAGCAGUAAAAGAAAAGCCAAAGGAAGAAUUGCGCAUUAAUGUCUCUGUAGAAACCACAUCAACAAGUGAUAGCAAAACACCUAAGGAUGCUCCUCAUUCUUCUCCAUCAAAACCAAAAUUGGAGAAAAUGCAGAAAACCAUGCUGAGCAAAAAUGUGCAAGAACAACCAAAUGAGACCUACAUUGCUGUUCAUGCCGAUGAGACGAAGUCAUCUACCUCCAUUAGCGCCCAGGUGUCUGUCAAAUCUGUAGAAUCAGCAAUGCCACUUCUGUCUAAGAAGGACGAAGAUUUGGCAAUACACAUUGCUGAAAAGAAAUCAGAGAUUAAUCUGCCACUGCACACUCCUGAGCUUUCUGUAGAGGAGACAGCAGUGCCGCCCAUAGCAUCUAGCACUGUUCAAAUGAUUGACAAACAGCAGAGAGCACUUGGUUCCCAAAAAACAAAGGAAGUCCAAGAAGCAUCUAAAGAUGACAACACUAGUCCAUUGAAAGUUAAUGAAAAGGUGGAGAUUCCUUGUGCCAUUUCUGCUGCUGGGGUCAAGACAGAGGUUAAAGGUCACAGGCCUGAUGUCAGCCCUGAAACUCAGUCCCCAUCUACAGGUGCUGAAAUAAAGAUUUCCAUAGCUGACUCCAGCAAGACUUCGCAAGUAGUUGUGCAAACGCCUAAGAAAAAAUUGGAUUCUAAUACAGAUUCUGAUUCUGUUAAACAAAAGCCAUCACCAGCAAACCUGACUGAGGAACCUGUAAUCACUACAGCUGCAAAAGACGGAGAUACAGAGGAUGCCCCAAAGCCUUCGAAAGGAAAGAAGAAAAAGCAGAAAUCUGCAAGCAAAACUUCAGCCGUAAAACCAGUCCCACCUCCUAUAGCUGAGACAAAGGUGAUAGAGGUAAAGGCAGAGAAUACUGGUCAGGUUGACCUUCUUAAGGUUGAGGGCCCUGAGCAAGUUGCAACAAAUGAUUCUGCAAAGACAUCCCCUGAAGGAAUGCACGCUGUGGAGAGCGUGCAGCCAACAGCUGUACAGAAUGAGGCCCCGGCUCACAAAGGGGAGGUGGAGCCUGCGCAGCCCUUGCCUGAAAAACGGGAGGUUCUGAAAGGAAAAACAUCCUCCUCGCAGAGACAGCGGGAAGCACCAGCAGCCUCAGCGUCAGCAGCAGCAGCCUCGGCCCAGCUCAGCCCCCUUCCCGAGCAGGGGGAACCUCCCAGCGUUGCACAACACACGCCUGCUCCUGACACACAGCAGAGCACAGAGAAGCAGAGCAGGCUCUCGGAUAGCAAGGGCCCUGCACAGCCUGUCAUCACUGGACCUCUUCCUGCCGACGAGAAUACCUGCGACGCGCAAGAGCAGUCCGUAGACGACGCCAUGCGGAAGAAGAUUGUUGUGGUAGAGGAAGUGAUUGAAGUGCAACAGAUUGCCAGUCCUGUUGCAGACCAACCUGUUACACCCCCAGUGCCAGAUAUUGCAGGAGAUGAUUUGGACUAUGAUGUCUUGGAAGAACUGGCCAUAGAGCGUGGCCUCCUGCAGGGUGCCGUUGAAGAGACUUCUUGGGAUCAUUCGCUCCAAGAGCCAGAGGAAAAAACCUUCCCCAACUUCAUAGAAGAUGAACGGGACAGAGUGCAGAAGAAGACUUUCACAAAAUGGGUGAACAAACACUUAAUAAAGACUCAGCAUCAUGUGAAUGACCUGUAUGAAGAUCUCCGAGAUGGACAUAACCUGAUCUCCCUUCUGGAGGUCCUCUCCGGAGAGACGCUGCCUCGUGAGAGAGGACGCAUGCGAUUCCACAAACUGCAGAAUGUGCAGAUAGCACUGGAUUUCCUCCGACACCGGCAGGUGAAGUUGGUGAAUAUCAGGAACGAUGACAUUGCCGACGGGAACCCAAAGCUGACAUUGGGUCUCAUAUGGACCAUCAUCCUCCACUUCCAGAUUUCAGAUAUCCAGGUGAACGGUCAGUCAGAUGAUAUGUCAGCGAAGGAGAAGCUGCUCCUCUGGUCUCGGCGUAUGGUGGAGGGUUACUCUGGUAUCCGCUGCGAUAACUUCACCACUAGCUGGAGGGACGGAAAGCUCUUCAAUGCUGUUAUACACAAACACGAGCCCAGGUUUAUCGACAUGGGGAAGGUGUACCGCCAGUCCAACCUGGAGAACCUGGAACAGGCUUUUUCAGUGGCAGAGCACGAACUUGGGGUCACACGACUGCUUGACCCAGAGGAUGUGGAUGUGCCUCACCCUGAUGAGAAGUCCAUCAUCACCUAUGUGUCCUCCCUUUACGACGCUAUGCCACGUGUCCCAGACGUCCAGGACGGCGUCAAAGCCAAUGAGCUGGAGCUGCGCUGGCAGGAGUAUUACGAGCUGGUCACCGUUCUUCUCCAGUGGAUCAGACAUCAUGUACUCAUCUUCGAGGAGAGGAAGUUUCCCAGCAGCUAUGAGGAGGUCGAGCUUCUGUGGCGUCAGUUUCUGAAAUUUAAAGAAACAGAGCUUCCCGCCAAAGAGUCAGACAAGAGCCGCUCCAAACACCUCUACCAGUCCUUUGAGAGUGUGGUUCACGCUGGUCAGGUCAAGGUUCCUCCUGGUUAUCAUCCCAUUGACGUUGAGAAGGAAUGGGGGCAUCUACAUGUGGCCAUUCUGGAGAGAGAGAGACUGCUCCGGAUAGAGUUUGAGAGGUUAGAGCGUCUCCAGCAGAUCGUCAGUAAAGUGCAGAUGGAAUCAGGCAUGUGCGAGGAACAGCUCAACCAGACUGAGUCUCUGCUGCAGACGGACAUUCGUCUCCUGAGUGCCGGGAAACCAGCGCAGCACACGGUUGAGGUGGAGAGGGAUCUGGACAAAGCUGACGGCAUGAUCCGGCUCCUCUUCAAUGACGUUCAGCUGCUCAAAGAUGGGCGCCACCUGCAGGCAGAGCAGAUGUAUCGCAGGGUCUACCGCUUACACGAGCGCUUGGUGAACUUGCGCAGCGACUACAAUCUGAGGCUCAAGCCCAGCGUCAGCACGGCCUCUCACGCCAUCACACGCGUUACCCAGAAGCCCAUGCAGCGCCCGCGGCCCGAGCUCGAUGAGGUCACGCUCCGUUACGCGCAGGACCUGUUAUCUUGGGUGGAGGAGAACCAGCGGCGGAUCGAUACGGCCGAGUGGGGCAUCGAUCUUCCCUCUGUGGAGUCUCAGCUGGGCAGCCACAGAGGACUUCACCAAACCAUCGAGGACUUCAGGGCGAAGAUCGAGCGCGCACGAACAGAUGAGAACCAGCUCUCGCCUGCUAGUAAAGGCACAUACAGAGAAUAUCUGGGCAAACUGGAUCUGCAGUACAACAAACUGCUGAACUCCUCUAAAUCCCGUCUGAGAAAUCUUGACCAGCUGUAUAACUUCGUCAGCGCCGCCACCAAGGACCUGAUGUGGCUCAAUGACAAAGAGGAAGAGGAGAUCAACUACGACUGGAGUGAGCGCAACACCAACAUGGCUGCAAAGAAAGAGAACUACUCAGGACUCAUGCGAGAACUGGAACUUAGAGAGAAGAAAAUCAAUGACAUCCAGGCCACUGGAGACAGACUCAUCAAAGACGGACAUCCAGGCAAGAAGACUGUUGAGGCCUUCACCGCAGCUCUGCAGACGCAGUGGAGCUGGAUCCUCCAGGUGUGCUGUUGCAUUGAAACUCAUCUCAGAGAGAACACGGCGUACUUCCAGUUCUUUGCUGAUGUGAGAGAUGCUGAGGAGAGGAUGAAGAAGAUGCAGGAGACCAUGAAGAAGAAGUACAUGUGUGACCGCUCCACCACUGCCACUCGUCUGGAGGAUCUACUGCAGGACGCUGUUGAGGAAAGAGAGCAGCUGAACGAGUUCAAGUCUGACAUCGGCAGCCUGAACAAUAGAGCCAAGUCCGUCGUCCAGCUGAAGCCGCGUGACCCCACCAGCGCCUUCAGAGGCAAGCUGCACAUCCGGGCCGUGUGUGACUUCAAACAGAUGGAGAUCACCGUGCACAAGGGCGACGAGUGCGCGCUCAUCGUGCCGUCCAUCUGCUUCCUGCUGCCACCCGUCAACAAGGAGGCUGUGGAGAGUGUGUCCAGUCUGGAGGCCGGUCACCAGCAGACUCUGGCUCUGUGGCAGAAGCUUCACUUUGACCUCAGGAGUCUGCUGUCCUGGCAAUACCUGAUGAAAGACAUCCAUCUCAUCCGCUCCUGGAACAUCACUAUGUUCAAGACGAUGAAGACAGACGAGUACCAGCUGAUGCUGAGGAACCUCCAGCUGCACUAUCAGGACUUCCUCAAAGACAGCCAGGACUCCAAUCUUUUAGAUUCCAGUGACAACAUGCAGAUCGAGAGGGACUAUAAGGAGACCGUACAGCAUUACGACAGCCUGCUCCGCACCCUGGAGAAAGGCGAGCAGGAUGAAUCCAUAUGCAAGUCAUACAUCACCCAAGUCAAAAACCUGCGCGUGCAGAUCGAAGACUGUGAGUCUCGUACGGUGGCCCGCAUCCGGCAACCAGUGGAUAAAGAUCCGCUCAGAGACUGCAUUCAGAAAACUGGAGAUCAGAAAAAAGUGCAAAUAGAGCUGGAAGGAAUUAAGAAGAACCUGGACCGAGUGUCUCAGAAAGCUGAGGAGGUGCUGUCCUCGCCGGAGCAGUCCAGCACUCCAGUCCUGCGCUCAGAACUGGACAUCACCCUGCAGAAGAUGGACCAAACCUACAACCUGUCCUCAGUCUACCUGGAGAAACUUAAGACAAUAGAUAUCGUGAUCCGGAAUACACAAGGAGCAGAAGAUGUGGUGAAGAAAUAUGAGAAUCGUCUGCGUGAGGUUCACACGGUUCCUUCAAACGUCCAGGAGGUGGAGAACUACUGCUCUGAACUCAAGCGAAUGCGUUCGGAGGCAGAAACCCAGCGGCCCGUGUUUGAUGCCAUGGAUAGCAAGCUGGCCAAGGCCACGGUGGUCAGCCAGCGUAUGCUUCAGGUUCACAGCGAGCGGGACGCCGAGCUGGAUCACUACCGGCAGCUCCUGGGCAGCCUACAGGAUCGCUGGCGCACCGUCUUCGCUCAGAUCGACCUGCGGCAGCGCGAGCUCGAGCAGCUGGGCCGGCAGCUGGGCUACUACAGGGAGAGCUACGACUGGCUCAUCCGCUGGAUCGCAGACGCCAAACAGCGGCAGGAGAAGAUCCAGGCCGUGCCUAUAAUCGACAGCAAGAUGCUCAAAGAACAACUGGCACAGGAGAAGAAACUGCUUGAAGAGAUUGAGAAAAACAAAGAGAAAGUUGAUGAAUGCCAGAAAUAUGCCAAAGCUUACAUUGAUACAAUUAAGGACUAUGAACUUCAGUUGGUUGCCUACAAAGCUCAGGUAGAACCUCUGACUUCUCCUUUGAAGAAAACCAAGAUGGAGUCUGCCUCUGAUAACGUCAUUCAAGAGUAUGUCACUCUGAGAACUCGCUAUAGUGAGCUGAUGACGCUGACCAGUCAGUACAUCAAGUUCAUCACAGACACGCAGCGGCGCAUCGAGGGCGAGGAGAAAGCUGCUGAGAAACUAAAAGCAGAAGAGAGGAAAAAAAUGGCUGAGAUGCAGGCAGAGUUAGAGAAACAGAAGCAGCUAGCUGAAGCUCAUGCCAAGGCCAUUGCCAAAGCGGAGAAAGAGGCACAGGAGCUCAAGCUCAUGAUGCAAGAGGAGGUUAGCAAACGAGAGAUUGUUGCUGUGGAUGCUGAAAGGCAAAAACAGAACAUCCAGCUGGAGCUGCACGAGCUCAAAAACCUCUCCGAACAACAGAUGAAAUCAAAGAGCCAACAAGUGGAGGAGGCUUUACAAAGCCGGGUCAAGAUAGAGGGAGAGAUCCGCAUCAUAAGACUUCAACUAGAAACUACACUGAAGCAAAAGUCCACUGCCGAGGACGAGCUGAGACAGCUUAGAGACAAGGCUGCAGAGGCAGAGAGACUUUGCAAAGCUGCUCAUGAAGAGGCUGAGAAACUUCGCAAGCAGGUUAACGAGGAGACCCAGAAGAAGCGGAUGGCGGAGGAAGAGUUAAAGCUGAAGUCUGAAGCAGAGAAAGAGGCUGCCAGGCAGAAGCAGAAAGCCCUGGAUGACCUUGCGAAGCACAAGAUGCAGGCAGAGGAGGCAGAAAGACACAUGAAGCAGGCUGAGACUGAGAAAGCCAGACAAAUCAAGCUCGCUCAAGAUGCAGCUCAGAAAAGUGCCGCUGCUGAGUUGCAGAGCAAGCGCAUGUCCUACGUCGAAAAGACAUCCAAACUUGAGGAGUCACUCCGAGAGAAGCAUGGGACUGUCGUUCAAUUGCAAGAGGAGGCAGAACGCCUCAAGAAGCAACAGGAAGAGGCAGACAAAGCAAGGGAGGAGGCUGAGAAAGAGCUUGAAAAGUGGAGGCAAAAAGCCAAUGAAGCCCUUCGUCUAAGGCUCCAGGCAGAGGAAGAAGCCCACAAAAAGACUCUUGCACAGGAAGAGGCUGAAAAACAGAAAGACGAGGCUGAGCGUGAGGCCAAAAAACGGGCCAAAGCUGAAGACUCUGCCCUGAAACAGAAAGACAUGGCCGAGCAAGAGCUGGAGCGGCAGAGGAAGCUGGCAGAGAGCACAGCACAACAGAAACUUUCCGCAGAGCAGGAGCUGAUCCGCUUGAGGGCUGAUUUUGAUCAUGCCGAGCAACAGAGAUCACUGCUCGACGAUGAACUGUACCGUCUUAAGAAUGAGAUUAGUGCUGCAGAGCAGCAGCGGAAGCAGCUUGAAGAUGAGCUUUCCAAAGUUAGAAGUGAAAUGGACAUACUUUUGCUGCUGAAGUCUAAAGCUGAAAAGGACAGCAUGUCCACCACCGAAAAGAGUAAACAACUCUUGGAAGCUGAAGCUGCGAAACUGAGGGAUCUUGCAGAUGAAGCAGCCAAGCUUCGUGCCAUUGCUGAAGAGGCAAAGAGACAGAGACAGGUGGCUGAGGAAGAAGCUGCGAGACAGAGAGCAGAAGCUGAGAGAAUUCUCAAAGAGAAACUUGCUGCCAUUAAUGAGGCCACUCGCUUGAAAACUGAAGCAGAGAUAGCUCUAAAAGAAAAAGAGGCUGAAAAUGAACGCCUGAGAAGGCAAGCUGAGGAUGAGGUUUACCAGAGAAAGGCUCUUGAAGAUCAGGCAAGCCAGCACAAGCAAGACAUUGAUCAGAAGAUCAAACAGCUCAAGAAGUCCUCUGAAGUGGAAUUAGAUAGACAGAAAUCAAUUGUGGAUGACACUCUUAAACAGAAAAGAAUAGUUGAAGAGGAGAUUCGUAUCUUGAAAGUUAACUUUGAGAAGGCUUCAUCUGGCAAGCUUGAUUUGGAGCUUGAACUGAAUAAGCUGAAGAAUAUUGCAGAGGAAACACAACAAAGCAAACUGCGAGCUGAGGAGGAAGCCGAGAAGCUACGCAAGCUUGCCCUACACGAAGAAAACAGAAGAAGGGAGGCUGAAGAAAAACUGAAAAAGAUUACUGCUGCAGAGCAGGAAGCAGCUCGACAGCGCCAGGUUGCCCAAGAAGAAGUAGAGCGUCUCAAAAAGAAAGCUGAUGAGGCCAGAAAGCAAAAAGAAGAUGCUGAUAAAGAAGCUGAGAGGCAAAUACUUGCUGCCAGUGAAGCUGCUGAGAAAGCAAUUACAGCUGAACAUCAAGUCCAAAGUGUUCUUGUUCAGCAGAAAGAGGACAGCCUGGUACAGAAAAGGCUCAAGGAGGAGUUUGAGAAAGCCAAAAAGCUUGCCCAAGAAGCAGAAAAGGCCAAAGAAAAGGCUGAGAAAGAGGCUGCCCUCCUCCGCCAACAAGCAGAAGAUGCAGAGCGUCAGCGGCAGGCUGCUGAGGUUGAGGCAGCCAAUCAGGCCAAAGCCCAAGAAGCUGCUGAGAGGCUCAGAAAAGAGGCAGAGCUAGAAGCAGAAAAGCGAGCCCAGGCAGAAGCAGCAGCGCUGAAACAAAAACAGCUAGCUGAUGAAGAGAUGGCUAGGCACAAGGCACUUGCAGAGCAGACACUUAAGCAGAAAUCUCAGGUUGAGCAAGAGCUUGCUAAAGUGAAACUGCGGCUGGAUGAGACAGACAAACAGAAGACUCUCCUGGAUGAUGAGCUUCAUCGCCUAAAGGACGAGGUCAGUGAUGCUGUUAAACAGAAAGCCCAGGUAGAGGAGGAACUGUUCAAAGUCAAGAUUCAAAUGGAGGAACUCAUCAAACUCAAGCUCAGAAUUGAAGAGGAGAACCAACGUCUCAUCCAGAGGGACAAAGAUAAUACUCAAAAAUUCUUGGCUGAGGAGGCUGAGAACAUGAAAAAACUUGCAGAGGAUGCUGCCAGGCUCAGCAUUGAGACCCAAGAGGCUGCUCGCAUGAGACAUAUUGCAGAGACUGACCUUGCCGAGCAAAGAGCUCUUGCUGAAAAGAUGCUUAAAGAAAAGAUGCAAGCCAUUCAGGAGGCCUCUAAACUUAGAGCAGAGGCAGAAAUGCUACAGAGACAGAAAGACCUUGCUCAAGAGCAAGCUCAAAAGCUGCUUGAAGACAAACAACUGAUGCAGCAACGGCUUGAGGAGGAAACUGAGGGCUUCCAGAAAUCGUUGGAGGCUGAGCGCAGAAGACAGUUGGAGAUAACAGCUGAGGCAGAGAAACUUAGACUUCAGGUGUCCCAGCUCAGUGAUGCCCAGUCUAGAGCUGAGGAGGAAGCCAAGAAAUUCAAGAAGCAGGCAGAUGUGAUUAGUGCCCGACUUCAUGAGACCGAGCUUGCCACCAAAGAGAAAAUGACAGUUGUUGAAAAAUUGGAAAUACAGAGAUUGAGCAGUAACAAAGAAGCAGAUGACUUGCGCGAAGCCAUUGCUGAUCUUGAGAAAGAGAAGGCAAAAUUGAAAAAAGAAGCUGAAGAGUUACAGAAAAAGUCCAAACAGAUGGUGAAUGCUCAGCAAGAACAAAUUAAACAGGAGAAAACAAUUCUCCAGCAGACAUUUAUGUCAGAAAAGGAGAUGCUGUUGAAGAAGGAAAAACAAAUUGAGGAUGAAAAGAAGAGGUUGGAGAACCAAUUUGAAGAAGAGGUCAAAAAGUCAAAAGCCCUUAAAGAUGAGCAGGAACGUCAAAGAAAACAAAUGGAGGAUGAAAAGAUUAAACUGAAGGCCACUAUGGAUGCUGCUCUGAUAAAACAGAAAGAGGCUGAACAAGAGAUGUUUAACAAGCAGAAAGAAAUACACGAACUUGAGAGGAAGAGGCUUGAACAAGAAAGAAUUCUUGCUGAGGAAAACCAGAAACUGCGUGAGAAACUUCAACAGCUUGAAGUUGCUCAAAAAAUCACCCAGGAGAUUCACAUCCAGACAGAAUACAAAAAAGUCCUGAAUGGUCAAAGUAUUUCUGAUGAAGUUGACAGCACACAUGGUUUCUCUCCAUUAUCCUUCGAUGGCAUUCGUGAGAAGGUGCCUGCAAGUAGACUUUUUGAAAUAGGACUUUUAAGCAAAAUGGAUUAUGAUAAGCUCCAGAGUGGUGACACCACAAUCGAAGAACUCAGCCAGACAGACAAACUUAAAACAGUUCUUGAGGGCAAGAAUUGCAUUGGUGGCCUGCUUAUUCAUCCAAAUCAAAAAAUGCCCAUCUAUCAAGCCGUCAAGGAGAAGAAGAUUGCUCCUGGGACAGGGCUAGUGCUGCUGGAGGCACAGGCUGCUUCUGGAUACAUAAUAGACCCAGUUAAAAACAAGAAACUCUCUGUCAAUGAGGCGGUUAAAGAGGGUCUAAUUGGACCUGAACUUCACAACAAGAUGCUGUCUGCAGAGAGAGCUGUCACUGGCUACAAGGAUCCAUACACAGAGGCAAAGAUCUCCCUCUUUGAAGCUAUGAAGAAGGGUCUCAUUGGGGAGGAUCAUGCCAUCAGGUUGCUUGAGGCUCAGAUAGCAACAGGUGGCAUUAUUGAUCCAGUCAAUAGUCAUCGUGUGCCCAAUGAAAUAGCCUAUAAGCAGGGUCAGUUUGAUGUGGCCACCAGUAAAAUCCUACAAAAUCCAACAGAUGAUGUCAAGGGAUUCUAUGACCCAAACACCCAAGAAAAUAUGAUGUACCAACAACUAAUAGAAAGGUGUGUCACUGAUUCAGAAACAGGACUCUUUCUUUUGCCCAUUUCUGAGGAGGCUGCUCUAAAUGCCAGGAUAUUCACAGAUGAGGAAACAAGAGAUGUGUUUGACAAGACAACGGUAUCGGUGCCAUUUGGCCGUUUUAAAGGAAAGACUGUGACCAUCUGGGAGAUUAUAAACUCUGAGUACUUCACUGAAGACCAGAAAAAAGAUCUUAUCCGCCAGUACAAAACAGGAAAAAUUACAGUUGAAAAGAUCAUCAAAAUUGUUCUAACUGUUGCAGAGGAAAAAGAGAAAAAGUAUGAGCUUGCCUUUGAUGGCCUGAGAGCACCUGUACCUGCUACAAAACUUCUUGAAUCAAAAAUUAUUGACAAAGACCUCUAUAACAAGUUGCAGAAAGGACAACUGCUUGUAAAAGACGUGUCUGAGAUGGAGCAUGUGCGCAAUGCCUUGAAAGGCACUAAAUGCAUUGCAGGAGUAAUUAUUAACUCAACCAAACAAACAAUGUCCUUUUAUGAUGCCAUGAAAAGAGACAUGAUGAGACCUGGGCCUGCUCUUAAUCUCUUGGAAGCACAAGCUGCCACAGGAUAUGUCAUAGAUCCUGUUAAAAACCAACAACUCACAGUAGAUGAGGCUGUCAAAGCAGGUGUUGUCGGUCCAGAACUUCAUGAAAAACUACUCUCUGCAGAGAGAGCUGUCACAGGCUAUAAAGAUCCUUACACUGGAAAAACAAUUUCUCUGUUCGAGGCUAUGAAGAAAGACCUGAUCAUGAAGGAACAAGGAAUUCGACUGCUUGAUGCACAACUAGCAACCGGAGGCAUCAUUGAUCCUGUUCAAAGUCACCGCAUUCCACAUGACAUUGCCUGCAUGAAGGGCUGUUUUGACGAUGCAAACCACAAUUUUUUGACCAGCCCAAGUGAUGAAGUUAAGGGAUACUUUGACCCAAACACUCAGGAAUAUCUCACUUAUCCACAGCUUUAUAAAAGAUGUGUCACUGACAAAAAGACUGGCCUUCAGCUUCUGCCUUUGUCUGAACAAGCCAUCAAUGCCAAAGAGGAGAUGAAGUACACUGAUGCCCAGACCAAAGACGUAAUGACUCAGGCAACUCUUGAAGUUCAGAGUGGACCUUUCAAAGGGAGAAAAGUUACCUUAUGGGAGCUCAUUAACUCUGACUAUAUCACUGAAGAGCAAAGGCUUGACCUAAUAAGGCAAUAUAGAUCUGGGAAAAUGACAAUUGAGAAGAUUAUAAAGAUUUUAAUUGAAAUUGUUACUAAGAAAGAUGCCAAGAAACAAGAAGAGGGCUGCUUUAAGGGACUUAGGGCACCAGUUCCAGCCAAGUCACUAUUUGACUCCAAAAUCAUUGACAAGUCUACCUAUGAUUUGCUGGAACAAGGUAAAAAGACUCCAAAAGAGGUCAGCAAAAACACUUCAGUCAACAAGUAUCUCCAAGGCUCUGAGAGCAUUGCUGGAGUUUACCUUGAGCCUACAAAAGAGAAAGUUAGCAUCUACCAAGCAAUGAAAAAGAAAUUCCUCAGACAGAACACUGGUAUUGCCUUGCUUGAAGCUCAAGCUGCCUCAGGAUUCAUUGUGGAUCCAUCAAGAAAUGAAUGUCUCACUGUGGAUGAUGCCGUUAAAGCAGGUCUUGUUGGUCCGGAGCUUCAUGAGAAACUUCUCUCUGCUGAAAAAGUUGUCACUGGAUAUAAAGACCCAUUCACAGGCAAUAAGAUCUCCCUAUAUCAAGCAAUGGAGAAAGACCUUAUCCCCAAAGAACAUGCCAUGCCACUCUUGGAGGCCCAGUUGGCAUCUGGUGGAAUUAUUGAUCCAGUAAACAGUCAUCGUAUUCCUGUUGAGACUGCAAUCCAGCGUGGAUAUGUUACCAAACAGCUGGCCAGCAGCAUUGCUGAAAGCAAGUACUUCUCUGACCCUGCAUCUGAUGAAAGCAUAUCAUACAAACAGUUGAAAGACAAGUGUAUGGCUGAUCCUGAUACAGGCUUAAAUCUACUAAAGCUCUCCAAACCACAGGCCCCAACGGUUGUGGAGAAGACGUACCUUUACAGUGAAGAACAAACCCAGAGUGAUCUAUCUAAUACCCAGAUUGAUAUACCCAUUGAAGGUCAGGGCUCUAUGUCUCUCUGGGAUAUCAUGAAUUCAAAUCUACUACCUGAAGAUCAGAGGGCUCGGCUUCUAGAAGAAUAUCGCUCUGGUAAUUUAACAAAGGAACGAAUGAUAAUCAUUAUAAUUGAGAUUCUGGAGCAGAAAGAAAUCAUUAAAGAGGGGAACACCCAGACCGGCAGCACAAGAAGACGUCAAAUCACUAUUGAAGAUCUGUACAAUGCCCGCAUCAUCGACCUUGAGACUUACAACCUGCUGAAGAAAGAGAAUAAGACUUUGCGUGAUGUCAUGGAAAUGCAAAGUGUUAAGCAGUAUUUGUAUGGAACUGGCAGUGUUGCUGGUGUGUUGACUGAUUCAAAUUCCAAGAUCAGCAUUUAUCAAGCAAUGAAGAGAGAGCUGAUGAAGCCAGACAUUGCAAUUGCCCUCUUGGAGGCUCAAGCAGCCACUGGAUUCAUUAUUGAUCCUGUCAGGAAUGAAAUGCUCACUGUAGAUGAAGCAGUGCGCAAAGGUGUGGUGGGCCCAGAACUUCAUGAUAAGCUCCUGUCUGCAGAGAGAGCAGUCACUGGCUAUAAGGAUCCAUAUAGUGGAAAGGUUGUCUCCCUCUUCCAAGCAAUGAAAAAGGACCUUGUCCCAGAGGACUAUGCUCUAAGGCUUCUUGAAGCUCAGGCAGCAACAGGCGGUAUCAUUGAUCCAGAAUAUAACUUCCACUUGCCAACAGAGAUUGCCACACAACGUGGACAUAUUAACAAAGAGACAAAUGAAAAGCUCUCCGAUGAGCUCAAAGGAUAUGUCGACCCAUUGACUGAUGAAAACGUUUCAUAUUCUCAGCUUCUGAAAAGAUGCAAGUUAGACAAAGAUGGUGUAUAUCUGUUGUCUCUAGGAGAGAGAAGACUGCUCUUCAAAGGUCUCAGAAAAGAAAUAACAAUAGAAGAGUUAUUCCGCUCAAAAAUCAUUGAUGAACAAACAGUCAGCAAACUUAAUGAGGGACUACUAACAGUGGAGGAGGUGAGCAAUAGCUUGCGAAAAUAUCUUGAGGGCUCAAGCUGUAUUGCUGGUGUGUUUGUGGAGUCUACUAAAGACCGUCUAUCUAUCUACCAAGCCAUGAAAAAGAAUAUGAUCAGGCCAGGCACUGCUUUCGAGUUGCUGGAAGCUCAAGCAGCCACAGGUUAUAUCAUUGAUCCUAUCAAGAACCUCAAGUUAACUGUAAAUGAAGCAGGCAAGAUGGGAAUCGUCGGCCCGGAGUUCAAAGACAAGCUCCUGUCUGCCGAGAGGGCUGUGACUGGCUAUAGAGAUCCUUAUACAGGCAAAAUGAUCUCCCUGUUCCAGGCUAUGAAAAAGGGCCUGAUUUUGAGAGACCAUGGAAUUCGCCUUCUUGAGGCCCAGAUUGCUACUGGAGGAAUCAUUGACCCAGAGCAGAGUCACCGAUUGCCAGUUGAAGUGGCCUACAACCGAGGCUUUUUUGAUGAGGAGAUGAAUGAGAUCCUCAGUGACCCAUCAGAUGACACGAAGGGCUUCUUUGACCCAAACACCGAGGAGAAUCUUACCUACCUGCAACUGAUGGACAGGUGUAUAGUCGACCCAGACACAGGUCUUGUGCUCUUGCUUCUUAAAGAAAAGAAACGUGAGACAAAGACUUCGUCCAAAUCCUCAGUUCGUAAACGCAGAGUCGUCAUUGUAGAUCCAGACUCAGGCAAAGAAAUGUCUGUGUAUGAAGCCUACCGCAAAGGGCUAAUUGACCAUCAGACUUACAUUGAACUUUCGGAGCAAGAGUGUGAAUGGGAAGAAAUCACAAUGACAUCGUCAGAAGGGGUAGAGAAGUCUAUACUCAUUGACCGGCGAUCAGGUCGACAGUAUGACAUUGAUGAUUCUAUUGCAAGAGGCCUUAUUGACCAGAGUGCAAUUGAGCAGUACCGCUCCGGCACCCUUUCUAUCACAGAAUUUGCUGAUAUGUUAUCUGGAAACAUGAGUGGCUUCCGUUCCCGAUCAUCUUCCUUUGGAUCCACCUCCUCUUAUCCAAUGAGCCCUAUACCUUCCAUCAAAACUCCUGCAACUGUAUGGAAUGAUCCAACUGAGGAGACCGGUCCUGUGGCUGGAAUCCUUGAUACAGAUAGCCUAGAAAAAGUUUCCGUCACUGAAGCCAUGCGUAGGAACUUAGUGGAUUCUAUAACUGGCCAGAGAUUGUUGGAGGCACAGGCUUGCACUGGUGGCAUAAUAGACCCAUCUACUGGAGAGAAAUUCUCAGUUGCCGAAGCGACAGAGAAGGGUCUUAUAGAUAAGAUAAUGGUUGAGAGAUUCAACUUAGCCCAAAAAGCUUUCCAUGGAUUUGAGGAUCCUCGCACUAAAGUCAAAAUGUCUGCUGCUCAGGCUCUCAAGAAAGGCUGGCUUUAUUAUGAGGCAGGGCAGCGUUUCCUGGAAGUGCAGUAUCUCACUGGUGGCCUUAUUGAGGCAGAGGCUGAGGGACGAAUCUCCCUAGAGGAGGCAAUCAGGAAAGGUUCUAUUGAUGGCCGUACAGCACAAAAGCUCCGAGAUGUGAGUGCUUACACAAAAUAUCUUACAUGUCCCAAAACCAAGCUGAAGAUCUCCUACAAAGAUGCUAUGGACAGAAGCAUGGUUGAAGAGGGAUCUGGCCUUAGGCUACUGGAAGCUUCAUCAACAUCCAGUAAAGGUCUCUACAGUCCCUACAAUGUCAGUGGCGCCGCAUCUGCUUCUGGUUCUCGGUCUGGAUCCAGGACAGGCUCUAGGUCAGGUUCAAGAAGAGGGAGCAUUGAUGCUACUGGCUCUGGAUUCAGCAUGAACUUCUCAUCAUCCUCAUAUACUUCCUCUGGUUACAGCCGCAGAUUUUAAAGCUGGACCUCAUAACAAACCUAACACAUGGUCCUGCAGCUUUCAUAUCAGUGCUGACUCUAUACACUACAGUUACAUAAUACACAGAAAUUAAUUAGAGAAAAAAAUAAUCACUUUAUUCUGCUUUGCAUGUGUUUGGUAUAGGAAAAUGCAUUCCAAAAACUACCAGUAUAUUUUUGUCUGAUGAUGGUUAAAUUCCCAUUGUAUGUAUUUUGGAUGCUUAAUAACUAUUACAUGGUUAAUCAAGUUGUCUAUUCUUGGUUUAUUUCAGUUCAUACAGAUAUUACAUAGUUUGAAAGUGAUAAUUUUCAUUUCUUAUUUUAUACUUAAGUACAGCAUUUAAAUUCAGGAAAUGUAAAAAAAAAAAAAAAAAAAUUAGAUUUUUUUUUUUUUAAUCAAACUAACUAGUCUGUAUUUAAUAUCACUUAUUAUUGCAUUUCUACAUGUUAUUUUAGGAAAUUAUUUUUAUACUUUGGUUUAUUUCAGGAUAAUGUACCAGAAAAUAUACCAGGUUUUACAAAAAAGAAAUUAGAUUAACAAAGAGUGUGAUUAUUUUACAUAUUUGUAUAGAUUUGAUAGAUGGAUACAUUAGAGGCUGCUAGACAUCUUAUCAAAAAAAAGUUGCAGCUUGUUUCACAGAAUGUAAAACAAAACUACACCUAUUCAUAAACAUACAUAAACAUUAAAGGAGGAGCAAGCACUUUGUACAACAAGCCAAUUUUACUGUCCCCUGACACUGGAUGUUUUUUUUGUUAUGAAAGUCAGUUUUUCAUUUACUGGAUCCAGUCCCUCUGCAAAGUCCUUUUUAAAACUCCUGACUACCCUAUAAAGGAGUCCUCAAGGUCCAGUUUUACUGUUAUUCCUCCACUGAUGUGAUAUCCAAUGAAGAUUUCAGAUGGCUCAGGUGUCUGAUCCAUUCCUCACUCAUAACAUCUGGACAGAUCUGGAUGAAAUAUAGUACUUAGAUCAUCAGUUACUAGAUACCGACAACUUGAUGAUUCCACACAUUUGGUCUUGGAUCUUGAGAUAAAUGAUGCUCAUCAGCAGCCCACAUCCUUAGACAUUCAGAGCCUCACUGAGGGUUUCCUCCUACCUUUGCAUCUGCCAUUUGCAUGAAGACACUAGAGGCUAGGGCUACCUUGAAGUUUGCCUUGGAUAUCAUAUCAAGAACUGACACUUUAGUGGACUGCUCCUGUUUUCAUCAGCUUGGAGCUGGACUUUGGAGUUUACACAAAAUCAUUCAAAACAACAAAAGAAUUGGAUCCAUUAAAUUGAUCUUAAUGUGGAAUUUUUAUGUAGAAUCUCCGAGUUCUACUGCCUACAUUGUUUUUAGCCCCAACAUGAGUUUUUUUUUAAAUAAAACACUCAAUGCAUUAGAUACAAUGUGCAAACCCUUGUAUUGCAUUACACAUUUACAUAAUACAAAUAAAUGCAGAUUACAUCUUUGACUGAAUGUAUUUUGGCUCAUUUAGUGUAAGGCAAUUUAAUUUUUCAUUUGUACAUUUCCUGUGCCAAAAAACAUGUUUUGGUCAUUUGUUGCCUCCCAUGUAUUUCUUUGCUUGUUUUUUUUAUAUUAAUUGUACUGUUGUGUCUUUUGAAAGUACUUGACUUUUUUAUUUUCUUUUAUUUUUUAAAUUUCUUGAUGUAUAUGUAAAAUAUUUUUUGUUUAUAAAAUAUUUUUGCAUGUUUUACUGACUUGCUAUAAAGUGUUCUAAAAAGAUGAAGAAUAGAUUUUUGAAUUUACACCAAUAUAUGGAAGAUUUUAUGAGUAAAGGAUGUAUGAAAUACUAACUGGUGGAUGAACUUUUACCUUAAGAGAUACUGGUAAUAAAGAGUGAGUUAAUAACACUAUACUCAAGAGUAAAUAAAUAUAUUUUGGAAAGAUCAGUUCCAGACUUUGUACAGUUUGUGUUUUAUCUUGUGUUUAAUCUAAUCGAUCAUUCAUAGCACUAUGACAUUCCAAUAAACAGUAAAGUACACCUA